AUGGCCAAUAUUCCUAUCGGGGAAGUGCUCACCUUCCUGUGGAAUUUGAUCAAAGAACCUGUGGAUUAUAUUGGUUAUGAACAAAAUCUUCGCACCUUGGAAAUGAAGAUGGAUGAGUUGGUGCAUCUGAAGACCGACCUGACAGGGAAGGUGCAAAUGGCCGAGGCGCACGGCAUGCUACAUCAAGUGACAGGGUGGGUUUCAAGGGUUGAAGGUAUGAAAACUGAAGUUGAUGAAUUGACAGAUCAAGCCUCACAAGAGAUUCAGAAGAACUGCUUUGGAACCUGCUGUCCCAAGAAUUGCUGGUCCAGAUACAAGAUAGGGAAGAAAAUUGAUGAGAAGCUGAGAGUUGUGAUUGAUCAGUAUACCAAAGGAGAAGGGUACUUCAACUCGGUGCCUCCUCCUGUGGAAUCAUUUGAAAAGGUUAUGAGUUGCCUAUGUGAAAGAGAGAAGUCGACUAUUGGCAUAUAUGGACCAGGAGGUGUAGGCAAGACUGCUCUCUUGACUCAAGUCGGCAACAGCUUGCUCAAUUCACGGCUCCAAUUCGAUUUCGUUAUAUGGGUAGUGGCAUCUCAGGAUCCUGACGGUGAAAGAAUCCAAGGUGACAUUGGUAAGGAAAUAGGAUUUCUUGAAGAUAGAUGGAAGGGUAAAAGUUUUCAAGAGAAAGCUGUGGAGGUCUCUGAUGUUCUGAGCCAAAAGAAGUUCGUGUUGCUGCUGGAUGAUUUAUGGAAGCCAGUUGAUCUAGCUGAAGUGGGAGUUCCUUCCAGAGAAAAUGGCUCCAAGCUAGUAUUCUCCACUCGUUCAGAGGAGUUGUGCAAUGCCAUGGGAGCGGAAGAGAAAAUACGAGUGGGUGGUUUGACAUGGGAGAAAGCUUGGAAGUUGUUUCAAGAGAAGGUCGGGGAAGACACGCUUAACAUUCAUCCGGACAUCCCUAAGCUAGCAGAAACUAUUGCCAAAAUGUGCAACGGUCUGCCACUUGCAAUUAUAACUGUUGGCCGGGCGAUGGCUUUCAGAAAGACACUCCCUGAAUGGCACCGUUCGAUCGAGGCCUUAAGCAAGGCCACCGCAGAAUUUUCAGGUACCUCGCAUCAGGACUUAGCGCUGCUGAAGUUUGGUUAUGAUAGUCUUCGCAGUGACAAGGUUAGAUCUUGUUUCUUGUAUUGUGCUUUGUUCCCAGAAGAUUUUCGCAUAAAUAAGUCAUACCUGAUUGAUUAUUGGAUUGGGGAGGGAUUCUUGCGUGAAUAUAAUGAUGUACAUGAGGCUCGAACUGAAGGUUACAACAUCAUUGACAAUCUUACACAAGCUAGCUUGCUGGAAGAUGAAGGUAGAGAUGUGAAAAUGCAUGACAUGCUUCGCGAUAUGGCUCUGUGGAUAGCAAGUGAUUUCCAGAAGGAGAAGCCUGAGCAUUUGGUCGGGGCCGGGACUCAGUUACCUGAAGCACCAGAGGUUGGAAAAUGGGAAGGGGUGAGAAGGGUGUCUCUGAUGGUUAAUCGCAUUCAGAAUCUAUCAAAAGCACCUAGAUGCAAUGAUCUGGUAACUUUGUUUCUCGGAAAAAAUAAUUUGAAGAUGAUUACUCAUGCUUUCUUUCAACUCAUGCCUUCUCUAAAAGUCCUAGACCUGUCCGAAAAUAGAGAAAUAACUGAAUUGCCGUCAGGAAUUUUGAAGUUAGUUUCACUGCAGUAUCUCAAUCUAUCAAGGACAGGAAUACGACAGCUGCCAGUCGAGCUGAAGAACUUGGUGAAGCUAAAAUGUUUGAACUUGGAGCAUACUUACGAACUUCGCACGAUUCCGAUAAAAGUGAUAUCUAACUUCUCAAGCUUGAUAGUGUUGAGAAUGAUUCAUUGCGCUUCUUCCGAUAGAGUUGUCGGAGAUGGUAUUCAGACUGGCGGACCUGGAUCCUUGGCAAAAGAUUUGCAGUGCCUGAGGCAUUUGAAUCUGUUGACGAUCACCAUAAGAAGCGAGUUCUCUCUGCGAGAAUUUGCAAGCUUCAACAUGUUCCAGACCUCCACCCAAGCAUUGUCCCUCCAUCAGUUUCAGUACUCGAGGUCACUUGACAUAUCAUUUCUAGAAGGUAUGAACUGUCUAGAUGACCUUGAAUUCAUUGAUUGCAAUAACUUGGAAGACCUGAAGAUCGACAACUCAUUGAUCGCGACCGAACGAAGCUUCAACAGCCUCCGGCGAGUGUCUAUUGUCAAUUGCUCAAAAUUGGAGGACUUGACAUGGCUAACUCUUGCUCCAAACAUUGAGUUUCUUAUGAUAUCAAGAUGUUCUAACAUGGAGGAGAUCAUUCGACAGGAGAAAUCGGGUCAAAAGAAUCUCAAAGUGUUCGAAAAACUCGAAGUUCUUCGAUUAGUUUCGCUACUGAAAUUAAAGGUCAUCUAUCCUCAUGCCCUGCCUUUUCCAUCUCUGAAGGAAAUCUUUGUUGAUGGUUGCUCCAAUCUGAAGAAGCUUCCACUUAACUCUAACAGUGCAAGUGGACAUAGAAUUGUCAUCCAGGGGUGGGAAGAUUGGUGGAAAAGGCUAGAAUGGGAGGAUGAAGCUACUCAACAUACUUUUCUUCACUCUUUCAAAGGCUGCUUGUACUAA